AAUCUAUUUGGAACGCGGCCUCUUUCUACCAGGAGGCCUCCUACCUGUACUUCCCCACCCUGCAGGCAGAGCUAGCCUCAGAUAUCUCCUUUUACUUCAAGACCAGCUCUCCCUCAGGGGUAUUUCUGGAGAACCAGGGCCUGAAGGACUUUAUCAGGGUGGAGCUGAGCUCUCCAGCAGUGGUGACUUUUUCCUUUGAUGUGGGCAACGGUCCGGCCGUCCUGUCCGUGAAGUCCCACCUCCCUCUGAAUGACAGACAGUGGCACUACGUGAGGGCAGAGCGGAAUGUGAAGGAAGCGUCCCUGCAGGUCGACCAGCUGCCCCUUCGUCUCCUGGAGGCUCCGGCUGACGGACACCUCCGCCUCCGGCUCAGCAGCCAGCUGUUUGUGGGGGGAACAGCAUCCCAGCAGAGAGGUUUCCUGGGUUGUAUCAGGUCUCUCAUGGUUAACGGCUUGACCUUUGACCUUGAGGAGAGGGCCAAGAUGACCCCUGGAGUGAGCUCCGGCUGUCCAGGAUACUGCAGUGGCUCUAGCAGUCUUUGUCACAACAGAGGCCGCUGCAUCGAGAAGAGCAAUGGCUACAUCUGCGACUGCUCACAGUCUGCCUACGGAGGGGCUACCUGCAACCAAGAGGUGUCGGUGUCCUUUGACAGAGAGUCCUCAGUGACCUACACCUUCCAGGAGCCUUUCUCAGUGAUGCAGAACAGGAGCUCGCAAGCCUCCAGUGCAUUUACAGAGAGCAGGGCCAGGGAGGACGUGGCCUUCAGCUUUGUUACAUCGCAGAGGCCAGCCAUGCUGCUGACAGUUAGCACCUUCAGCCAGCAGUACAUUACAACUAUCCUGGCCAGAAACGGAAGCCUUCAGAUUUGGUACCAUCUUCAGACAGACAGAAGUCCAGAUAUCUUCAGCCCAGUCCCCAAGAACCUGGCAGAUGGACGUCUUCAUCGGAUCAGAAUCCACAGAGUUGGUAGAAACCUCUAUGUACAGAUCGACCAGGACAUCCACAGAAAGUACACACUGUCAUCUGAUGCAGAGCUGAUCUUAAUCAGAUCCUUGACGCUGGGCAAAGUCAUCAGAAUGGAGAGCUUUGAUGAAGAGGUGGUUAAAGCGGCUUCCAGAGGUUUUGUCGGCUGUCUCUCCUCAGUGCAGUUUAACCAUGUCGCUCCGCUCAAGGCAGCACUGACCAAUCGGGGGAGCUCCCUUAUCACUAUUCGAGGUCCUCUUGUCCAGUCAAAUUGCGGAGCUUUGGCUGAGUCCACCUCACACAUUCUGCAAGAUCAAGCUGCAAAUGAAGAUAAGGAGCAGCGUGACAGCAACGCCCAGAAGGAUUUGGCUGUAAUAGCAGGUGUGGUCACAGCGGUCGUCUUCAUUGCCGUGUGCGCUCUGGCUGUGAUAAGCCGCCUCCUCUAUCAGCAGCGCCGGGCGAAGAGGAGCAGCAGCAUGAAAGAGGAGCACAGACACAGCACGUACACAGACUACAGGACUGAGCUCCAUCUCCAAAACUCUGUCAGGGACAACGUGAAGGAGUACUACAUCUGAGCUCAGCAAGCAGCCUGUGCCACAAACUUACCUCUUUCUGACAAAGGACUUCACAGGUGGACACACUGCUGCAGCGACGACACACCCCAGUGCCCUGGAAGCUCCCAGGAACACUGCAAACACCUGCAGCCUCAAUCCGCCCUCUCAACGCUCCUGUACAAGCUAGUGGCUGAAUCUCUGCAGCUGUUAGUGUUUUUGAUGUUGGUGAAAUUGUCAGAAUCAAGCUGCUGUGAUUUCUGUCAUUGAAACUGUGUAAAACAUAAGAUGAAUGUCCUUCAGGGGGCUGACUGAAGGACGGCGUGAACACAGGGACCAGAAGCUGCUGUCUAUCCUAUAUGAACACAACACAACAAACGGUCCAACCCCCCCACCCCCCAUCCGCCCUGAGCUGUGGGAUGCACUGGGCUGUACAUGUAGAUGAGAAGUUGGAGACCAGGCCUGUAAGAUAUGCGUGCAUUCGCUGCUGUAAUUGUUUUUCCCUUUUCCAGUGGUGAUGAAUGUUGUAGAAAAAACGGGGACUAAACUGCCUAAACGGUAUGAGUGCCUAAUUUGCAUUAUGCUUUUGUUUUUCAACAUUUUACAAGAUUUUUCAUUGAUAUGCGCCAAUGCAGUCACAUUUGCAUCAAACAUGAACUUUUUGUCAUUCGCUGGAGUGACCGACACCGCAAAAGCUGAGUCUCCCAGCCGUAACCAACCUCUGCUUCCUGAACCGAAGCAAAGGGAGCCUGUUUUUGUUCCUGAGGUGUUUUCCAUUUCAUCACAUGAAGCAGCCAGAUGCUAACAAAGCACAGAAGUCCAGACUCUGCAAAUAGAUGGAGACUUGAAGCCUCAUUCAUCAAACUCACAAAGAGCUUAAAAUAUGGGUGGAGGAGUGGAAACAUGCAGGGUUUAGUGGAAUUACUUCUAAUGAAUAAUCAAUAAAUAGACAUUCUCACUCUCUAAUUUUUCUUUAUUAAAAAAAAGAAAAGAAAAUGUAUCUAAUGGCACCUUUCAUAAGAAGAUUUAUGGGACCAACUUAAACCCAUCAGUGGAUGAGGAAAUCUGUUUCUAAUUAAAAAAAUAUAUAUAUAAAGUAUCUUUCACCCUUUUGACUUUAAGUCAACGUAUAAGAACAUUAUUUUAUUAACAUGAGAAAUGUUUUAAAAAGAUUAUUUCAAAGAUAAGUAAUAUAGUUUUAUUUGUUUAGAUUUUACAGUGGCAAAGUUUAUCUAUAUCACAUA